GGCCCGCAGGUGGGUCCUAUCGCAUAUUUUACAGCAGGUGGUUUUCGACCCGGUUCCAACGUUCAACAUCCUCGUCAGCCCUUAAAGACGGAACCCCUUUGCAGUCACAUGGAUAUGCAACUCACACAAAAUUGAGACACUACAAACAGGCCCAAGGAGCAGACGCGGCCAGACAUGUCGACGGACUCGGGGACACGGCGAGACUUCGACAUCCGCCAAGAUAUGGAUAAGGCGGAAGCCCUGAAGGACGAGGGCGGAAGCACCCCACAAUCCGAUAGCGACGACAGGGACGAGCCGGAACACCAAGCGCUCGCAAAGACGAAGACGGCACAGUCCAUCGCGGAGACGCUGCCAUGGUAUCGCGAGCUUCUUUUCGUUGCUCUAGUCUGUCUCGCACAGCUUUACACGCAGGCCGGUCUCGGUCAAGUCCUGUCCAUUAUCCACCUCAUCGCCGAGGACUUUGGUCUGCCCGAAUCACAGCUGCCAUGGUUUCUCGCGGGUUACAGUCUGACGGUUGGCACUUUCAUCCUCUUCUCCGGCCGCCUGGGUGAUAUGUUCGGCUAUAAGACACUCUACAUGGUUGGAAUGGCCUGGUUCUCUGUAUGGAGUCUGGUCUGUGGGCUGUCCGUAUACUCGGGCCAUGUACUCUUCGUCUUUGGCAGAGUCCUUCAAGGAAUCGGUCCUGCCCUGGUCCUUCCAAAUGGUCUGGCGCUCUUGGGAGCGGCUUACGAGCCCGGUCUAAAGAAGUCACUGGCUUUUGCAGCCUUCGCAGCGACUGCACCGGCAGGCUCCGUCAUUGCGGCCGCAUUCUCUGGUGUCUUCGCUCUGGCAUGGUGGCCAUGGACGUUCUGGUGCUUCUCGUUGGUACUGGCCGCAACCACCGUGGUGGCCUACUUUGUGAUUCCACCGGUACCAUCAUCACACAAGGAAAACCGGCCCAGCUCAUGGCGGGGCAAGCUACUGCAUCUCGAUCUCCCAGGAGCGACCACCGGCAUUGCAGGUCUCGUGCUGUUCAACUUUGCAUGGAACCAGGCACCACUUGUCGGCUGGGACGAGCCAUAUAUCGGUGUUGCGCUGGUCCUCGGCCUCAUAUUCAUCGGGGCUUUCUUCUGGAUCGAAAUGAAAUACUCACCCGAGCCUCUUGUUCCAUUCCACGCCCUCAGCUCCGACGUCUCGUUCGUCCUAGGAGCGAUAGCGUGCGGGUGGGGAUGUUUCGGAGUCUGGGUUUGGUAUGCUUGGGAAUUUCUGUUGCAAAUGCGAGACGCUUCGCCGUUGGAGGCCACAGCCAACUUCUCGCCCGUGGUAGUCUCUGGAGCCAUAGCUGCUGCGGUCGUGGGGACUCUGCUGCACCGUAUCGGCCCACCGAUUAUCAUGACUGCAGCCCUUGUUGCAUUUGCAGUCGGCACAAUUCUCAUCGCAACGGCCCCAAUCGAGCAGACAUACUGGGCUCAAACCUUCGUCUCGCUCAUCAUUGCGCCUUGGGGGAUGGACAUGAGCUUCCCCGCCGCGACUCUCAUCUUGUCCAAUGCUGUUUCGCGCAAACACCAGGGUAUUGCCGCCAGCCUGGUUAACACGGUCGUCAACUACAGCAUUUCUUUGAGCCUUGGAAUUGCAGGAACAAUCGAAUUGAGGAUGAACAACGGCGGGACGACUAAGGCGGAUAGGCUGAAGGGCUACAGGGCAGCACUCUAUUUUGGCAUUUCCCUUGCCGUUUUGGGGAUAAUUGUUUGCAUUGCUUUCCUCAUUAAAUCCAAAAAGGAUCGGAAAAGGCGACCAGAUGAAGAAAAAGCCUGAACAAACUGUACCAGGAGCCAAACCUAUACAAUAAUUUUCAUAAAAAACAUACUUGUUCAAUUCAG